UCGAGCAGGCGGAAAAAAAACGUUGUAUGCGCAAAGCAAAGUCUACGAAAUAGGCAAAGACAGUUAUAAGCAAAACGCAGUUCAGUGUGCUGCCUGCCAGUGCUGUUUAGUAUUGUGUUAUCAGUGGCGGCAGCGACAGACCGAAUUGUAACGUUGACAGGUGAAGAGCAGGUGGCGGCAGAGCCGGUGGCAAAAAGCCACAAAGACCAAAGUAAAUUAAACACUUAAAACCAACAAUACAAAUACAAAUACAAACAAAUACGUGUGUAAAAAUAUAUUUUGUUAAGCGCUGGUCUCCUAUAUACACAUAAUUUAGAGUGUGGAGUGUGUGUGUUUGUGAACUGCCUACCUUUUAUGUCGAUGUAUGUGUUUGUUUGCUGUUCGCGCCUCUCAAUUAACGUCCCGGACAGAGCACGAGGCUUCAGCCAGCCGCAGGCCACAAAAACAACAACAACAACAAUAAUUAACGACAACGCGCCCGAAACGGACGCAAAAUAAACACAAAAUUAAAUAAGAAACAGAAAGCAAGAGAAAAGCAAAGGAAAAAAGCGCAACAAGAGGCGCAAAUGCUUUGGCAAUUAAGCCAAAAAUUGUUAACAAAAUGCGCAAUGCAUCAAAUUCAACAACAACCAGCAGCAACAACAACAACGACAACAACAACAAGACGAACUGAACUUUGGACGCGCAGGACGGCGACGACAGGUGGCAGUUGGGCGGCCCGCAGCGCCGUCGCCGUCUCAUUGAAUUCAUUUCAACGAAUUGGCCAAAACGGCACGUAAAUUGGAAAAACGAAACGUAAAUUUCUAAAACGAAAAGCUGAUAAAACCAUAAGUAAAUGUAAACACUCAACUAAAAGUUUUUCCACAACCGAAAUCAACGACUGUCGUUUCUAGCUUUUUAUUGAUUUUAUAUAAAAUAUAAAAACCACAAAAGCAACAACAACAACAACAACAACAACAAAUGACAUUGAACAGCGGCAAGGGAAAUAAACAAAAAACAAAAGCAAACGCAAUGUGAAUAAUUUUACUCAAUUGUAGCACGAAACAAUAAGAACAAAAAAAAAAUAUAUAUAUAUAUAUAUAUACAUAUAUAGAUAAGCACCUUUCACCUCUGAUGAUUCAAGACAACGCGCACACACACACACACACAGACACAGCGCCACACACAAAAAGCCCAUAAAAGUGUGCUAUAAAAAUAAAAACGCAUAAAUUCAAACAUAUAAACAACGACAAAAAAGGCCAACUAAAGUUCAAGUUACAGUUGAAACAAACGCAAAAACACACAAAUUAGCCGCAGGUGACAACAACAACAACAACAACAACAAUUACAACAAUUACAAUGCCUAAUUGGCCAGGACAAUAGGAUAAAGCGAAACAACGAGAAGGCAACAACUGAAAGCAGCAAAACGACAAAAAGCAAGACUGAUUUUUAUGUUUUAGUUAGCUUUUUAUUCAAACAAACCCACAAACUAAAAGCUACAAAAUAGAACUAGACUAAAACCACAACGAAUGCGAGCUACCAAGCGGAAGCCUUAGCAAAUUCGCCAUUUUCCAGGACAACAACAGCAACAGCAACAACAAAAUUAUCAACGUUCAUCAACAGCAACUGAAAUUGAAACUAUUGAAGCAAUUUGCAGCGCAAUGUUUGUGUUCAUUGCCGUCCUGUUGGUCAAUACCUGUCUGGCUGGUACAAUACCAGCUACGCCGGAAAAUAUAACCGUAACAUUUUUAACGCCCACCGCAGUGCGUGUCUCGUGGCAAACGCAGAUUGAUCUAAAGGCGCAUCCCAUUGAGAAAUACAUUGUGACCUAUAAGCCCACAGAUGACAGGGUUGUACAGGACGUUGCCGGCAACAGCGAGGCCAUUGUCCUGGACCGUCUGCUGCCCAGCACACAAUAUUCCCUAUCUGUCACAGCCAUUUGGAUGGGCAAAAAAUAUCGCAGUCGCGGCCAGAUUAAAUUUCGCACUCUCGAUCUGCCCAAGAACACAUCACAGCACGACUUUCCGCCGGGCAUCUAUGGUCGCAAUGGCUCCGGCAAUGGCAGCACCUUUGCCGACGAUGUCACCUCCACGGCCACCAAUACGCUGACGCACAGAACUGCGCGGGAGCUGCCAACGAUACGUGGCGUAGAGAUUGGCAUUGUGCUCAUCGUCCUGAUGGUCUGGGCGGGCGCCAUUGCGCUCUUCUUCAAUCGCUGGGGCAAGAUCCGUAUGCUGCUGCCCUAUCAGCCGGACUACAAGCACGAGCAGCUCAAGGUGCCCGGCACAGGCGUCUGCAGCGCCAGCGGCUGCAAUGGCCAGCACUCGCAUCAGAACCUACACCCCGAUUUCUUUGUCAAGUGCUUGCCCCGCUGCGAGGGCUGCGGCAUCUUUGAUCGCUGCUUUCAGUAUCCGCGCCGGGAGCUGGAGCGCGAUUGCGGCUGCCAGUUUGCGCUGCUGCACAAGGCGGACGUGGAGAGCUAGCAACCAGUGCAUCGUGAACCGGUCACGCCCACAGCGGCCGUUAGCCAUAGCCAUGGCACGCCCAUCAAUACCUAUGUGCGCGGACCCAGCGUCGACAAUCAGUCCAUUGUGGGCGCCCAUGUGCUGGAUCAUGUGGAUAGCAUAGAUAGCGCUGUGCCCGAUAGGGAUGCGGAUGUGAAUACAGAUACGGAUGCCAGAGAUAACGGCUGCCCGCCAGCCGAGGAUGAGCAGCUGCUGCAACGAGAGCCGCCGCCGCCGCCGCCGCAGCGCCUGCUGCCCCUCUCGGUCAACAGCCAUGCCAAGCAGCGUCGGUUUGCGCAACAGCGCAGCAUACUAAAGAACUCGCAGGAGCGCACCUUUGUCGAGGAGAACGAGGUGCUCGAGGCCAAGAAGCAAUUGAUAUUGCGCCGACGGCGCCUCUUCAGCCACUAUCGGCAAUACGAUCAGUGGCGACGGCGACAGUUCAGCUAUGAUCCCAGUUACUUUCGCCCGCCUCCGUUGCCGUCUAGACCGUUGGCAUAUGCUGAUUACGGCACAGCUGCCGUCGGCAAUGCCGGUGUCGGCAUCAACAUUGGCGCACCACUCAUCGGAUCUGGAGUCGGCAGCUCCACAUCUGCGGCGGCCAAUGUUGGACGCCGGCGUCGACAGUACCGGCGACAGUAUUCGUGCGCCGAUCGCAGCCGGGAUGGAUCGCGCGAGAGUCGCGGCUCGUCCACGCUGCAGCUGCAGAAAUAUCACAGCAUGGUCGCCAGCGAUACCAUACACACCGAAUCGUCCAUGCUCAAUCACAGCAACUACAGUGAACCGGCCAGCUUCGACAGCAGUGAAUGUGGCGGCACCUUUGCUCACCCACCGUUGCACUGCAAUAGCCGCCACAUCCACAUGCUCGCGGAGGAGCGUUCCACAUCGAUCUCAGAGCGCUGCACACGCAGUCGCAUCAAUUCGGCCAUAUUCGUCUCGUCGGAGGGUCGCGGAUUCGAUUCCAUUGAGUUCCUGCGGCGCCACGGCUCACAGAGUGUGCUCUGUCGCAAGGCCAAGAGUGCCGAGAAUAUUACCGACAAUGGACGCAGGAAGAGUCUGCGUCCGUGGCGCACAGAUGAUGACUCCGUCCAGCAGCAGCAGCAAAACUCCUCCCAGGACAUUGAAAUGAAAGAGUGCGGCGGCAACGCUGGUGAGCUGCUAACGCUGCCCGUGCUCCACGACGCCAAGCAUCCGAAAACAGCUGUGACUAGUUUGCUGGCGCGUGCCUCUGCUAUUACCACGGCCAAUGUCAUAGUAGGCAGCAUUUCACUGGAGGCACCACCGCCGUAUAUGCAAGACGAUGACACCAACUCUAUAUCGGCGUUGAUCCACAGCGAUGCCUCGGCUAUUGUGCACGACUCACAGGAUUCUGCAGAAACAGUCGAGGAACUGGUGCAUGUGCCGCUGCUGGCCAGCGCAACGGCCACGUCCUCAAUUUCUGCCGCCUCCACGCCCAGCAUUGCCAUAGAGGCCAAGCCGCGUGUGCUAGUGCAUCAGCGCUCAUCGACGGCCUCCUCAUCGCCGCACAGUAGCCCCAAAAAUCUGAGCCUCGGCCUCAAGAUAAUCAAGCCCAAGAUUGGUGCCGUGCCAAUGGUUUCCGUGUCGGGACCAUCGCCGCCUAUUGAGAAGCCGCCGCUGGCGGAAUGCUUGUAACAAAUGGCAGCCGAAACAUUUAUCUAAGCGCACUCACUCAAGGCAACUGGAUACCCAGUCCCAAUCACAGAAGAAGCACCAGACACAGGAAAACCCACACAAACUUACCCACACAAACUUACCCACACACACACACACACGACGCCCAAUCCUUGACUCAGAUGGAAAGGUAGUUAGAAGUAUGCCAGCUGCUCAAAUAAGUGUUUCGGUAAAGCUGGGGAGGAUUAAUACGCCUCUUCAGGCAGUAGAAGUAGAUGUAGAUGUAGGAGUAAAUAUAGAGCGUAGGGCGUAGGUAUAGUUAUUGUACCAAAACCAAAUAGAGGGCAUCGACAUAUUGCAAGAAAGCUUUGUAUAUUCAACAAUGACUGAAGUAUACACAUAUGAACAUUAAAAAACUAUAGACGAUGUUUAUAAGGCGUUAUAAACACACACAACUGAUAAAUCAGCUUUAACGACAAACAAGUAAACUAUCAGGCUUUAAUAUUAUGAUGAAUUUCUGGUUUAACCCUAGACAUAGGCAGACUAACAACCUGUUGAUGAAGUUAUAUACUCCUAAUUGUUCUCCUAUACCGAUAUAUACCUAUAAUAUAUACAUAUACACACACAUAUUAAUAGUUAUAGCCAAACCUAGGGCACUCUACACAUGUUUAUAUACAUAUAUACACCUCUAUAAGUAUCUAUUUUCACUAACAGCCUAUACACGUAUACCCUGAAAAUAGUCGAAAUACCCACUAAAUAGCUUGUAGGCACAAAUAUAUUGAACCUAGUCGAAAAUGUUACUUACUUACUUACUAGCUAACAUAUCAAAUACCCACGACCAAAAACGAAACGUUGAAACUGUAAACUAGUCUAUAAAUUUAAAUUCCUAUAAUGAUAUUGUAAUUAUUGUCAAGUAAGAAAGUGCCCAGGAUGAGUUCUAAGUGUUUUUAAAACUACUUGUACUUGUACGUUUAUGUAUAGAUGUCAUUUUAAAAUAUAUAUACUCCUUUAUAGUUAUAGCUAUAGAUAUAUAUAUAGGUGUAUGUACGAACUCCUUAUGUAUCCUUUUAGUGUCUAAGCAUGCAUUUUCAAACCGUUUCACUUGAUGUACCUACACAAACAUAUAUGUUAGUUAUAUCAAUUAUAGAACUGAUGGCAGCGCAGAAACCAUUUGCUCUCUUCUCUAGGUAGUUCUUUACCCUGUAGUUAUGUUACUUAAAUUCUCUGAGCAAUACUUGCUUGAAUAAUCCCCUACUAAUACUAUUUAACUUAAACUAUACACUCUGUUUAAACAAUUCUUAUGUAUAUACACGCGCACUCUACCAAAUAAGCUCUUAAACCCACUUUUAAUACAAUACGAACUCCAUACGCAACUAUGAGUAAACAUUUCAAAACUGGAUUAUCGAAUGGAAGACGAAAUGUUGUUAUUAAGGAAUUGUCAAUUUAUGGUCCAAAGCUACAAUAAAAAACAUGAAACAAAUACCAUUUGAAUGGGUAAGAAUUAAGCUUAACUAAGUUAUAGUUGGUCUACGUUCAAUUCGCGAUUAAAUAAAAUAUAUAUGGAUGUGUAUUUUUUGAAAUCAAAUAAACGAAUUACCUAAUUAAAAUGUGA